AUGUCAUAUCUUUGCGACACAUUGCAAUUAGCAAAAAGAAAAUUGUUGCUCCUGAUCCACAUUGAUGUUGUACUUCAAAAGUUAAAUGGCGCAUUCUUAAGAUGUGUUGUCGCACAACCAUUGUUUUUGGUUUUUGACGCUCUUCUAAGCGGUGGAGCCGCAUUGCUAUAUCAUCCUGCAACUUUUACAAGUGAGAACAUUAUUCAAACCCAAAAUUUUUCAGCUCUACGCUCUAUGUCAUAUAUAUGGGGUUUCACCAGCUUUGGAUGCUUGACUGUUGGAUGUAGCGGUAGUUUAAUUCGAAAAAUGAUUGGCUGCGACGAAUCUUCAAGAAAUGAAAACUGA